UCAGGACUCGGGCACAACUUCAACUUCUAAUAAUUUGAGCCUUAUUGACCGAUUUCUUUCAUAUUGCUGCUCGAUCGCUUAUUCUUGUUCUCUCCAGCGGUCGAUGAUGUACUGAGCACCAGCUCACUUGCUCGGCCGUCAUGGAUCAUCACAGCACCUCCAGAAAUUCGGGCACUCGUCAGCCCUUGGGUGAUGCUACACAGCGGCUCAACCACGCCACUGUCGCCAAUGUCAACCACCGGUACCAGAUUGGCGAUGACGAGAACCUCAUCUUGUUCAAAUCCAAGACAUCUGGUCGAGGCCGUUCAUAUCCAGUUGUUACGCCAAACAACCCCCCGGCCGCACAACGUACACAGCAGACACCGACUCUGGCAGCUACGGCCGAACCCGGCCCCGCUAACCCCCGCCCCCCAGCUGUCACUCAGGACACUCGUGAGGCAGCCGACUCCCGGCGCGUCUCCCAGUUCUCUAAUGUCUCAUCUAACGCGUCCAGCACGCGCCAGCUUAAGACCCAUAUUGGGCCAUGGCAGCUGGGCAAGACACUGGGAAAGGGUGCCUCGGCACGCGUCCGUCUUGCCCGCCAUCGGGUUUCCCAUCAGCUGGUCGCAAUCAAGAUAGUCGCCAAGAGCACCGCCCACAUGACCCAAGCAGGCAGUCUGGCGAACUUGGACUCCAUCGACUACAGGAAGCCAACCACGGGUGCUGACGGGGGCCUACGCCGGAUGCCGCUGGCUAUUGAGCGUGAGGUGGCCAUUCUCAAGCUCAUUCGACACCCAAACAUAAUCGAGCUGCUGGACAUAUGGGAGAAUCGGUCCGAGAUCUACUUGGUCACUGAAUACGUCGAGAAGGGAGACCUCUUCGAGUUCAUCAACUGGAACGGGCCGCUCCGUGAAGAAGAGGCAAUCUUCUACUUUCGCCAGAUGAUGACCGCCCUGGAGUACUGCCACUCGUUCAACAUCUGUCAUCGCGACUUGAAGCCCGAGAAUAUCCUGCUGAAGGCGAACGGGCAGAUCAAGAUUGCGGACUUUGGCAUGGCAGCCCUGCAGCAGAACCCAAACCACCAGCUUCGCACUACGUGUGGAAGCCCACACUAUGCUGCACCGGAACUGCUCCGCCAUCAAUUCUACAAGGGCUCGGCCAUCGACAUCUGGAGCAUGGGAGUCAUUCUCUUUGCGAUGCUUGCCGGGCGUCUUCCAUUCGACGAUGAUGACAUGGGCAUCAUGCUGGCGAAAGCGAAGCGUGCGGAGUAUAAGAUGCCGCAUCAUCUGACGAGGGAGGCCAAAGACCUGAUCCGGAGAAUUCUGGUAGAUCAGCCCGCCCACCGGAUCACCAUGAAGCAGAUGUGGCGACAUGCCCUCAUUAAGAAGUACGAUUAUCUGGAUGAGUACCAGCAAUGGGAUGGACAGUCACAGACGGCGCCGCGCCACUUGGACACUGCGCCGAUCCCCGAGGAGAUUGACGUACAGAUCUUGCGCCAGUUGAAGGCUCUCUGGCACACUUACUCGGAAGCUGCUCUCCAGGAGAAGCUCAGGCAGGAGAAGCCAAAUGACCAGAAAAUGUUUUACUGGUUGCUCUACAAUCACCGGGAGGCUCAGCUCGAGAACUACAACAACAACGUCCCGAUCUCGAAGAGCGAUUUCCAUCACCUGAAGCCACCCAACUGGAGCAAGCGUAUUUCGACUUGCCAGUUCACGAACCCAGGACGGAACGGCCAUGGCCGGACCGUGUCCCGGUUCACAGUAAUCUCUAAUGUUCCGGACGUAGACGAAGUUGGCACCAUCCGAAGUUACGAUCCUUACAAUGCGUCCCGCGUCCUUCAGCCAUGCACCUCCCAGGUAAGCCAUGCCAAGAUCAUCGUCCACCGCAGCAGUCCGGAGCCGGGCGUCAAGCCGUCUUCUACUGCUCUCUCGCACUCGUACCACUCGUAUCGAUCGGUCAACGGCUCUUUCCGGCAGCGAGGAAGGAUGAGCUCGCGGCGUGCAAACGCAGGCGGCCACCUGAACUCGCCUCAAAUGUCCAUGAGCUCCAUCCGGAGCCACCACAGCAAUCAUCGCGUCCGCGUGAAUAGUCGGUCCAAGCGCUCUGUCAGCUUUUCAAGUGUCCGUAACAAGGCCCAGCAACACCGCCGAAACCGCCACGCGACCUUGGCAGCUCCAGCCAGCAGCGCGGGGGAUGAUCCGGCGUAUGACCGCAACAUGGUCUCACCCUCUAGCCCCGUGAAGGCGUCGGGUCGCCAUCAAGUGAGAGCUACCCGGUCGAUGGUCGAUAUUGGCGACACGACAGAUGACACGUUCAUUUGGAGCGAAGAGCUUGAGCAACUUAGCCACUGCAUAGCUCGUGACUGUGACGAGGCGUUCCAGAGCUCCCUUCUCCUGGCAGAAUCAAGCGAAGCAGGAGUUGACUCUCGUGAAGCAAGCCCAUUCACGCUAUCCUUGGGAGAGCUGUCUGCAUUGCGAGUUCCGGAAGGGCCAGCGUCCACAGACGGAAGCCAGCAGAGGACCCGUCCCUGGGACAACCGGCCACUGCCUCCUGUCCCAUCUCAGAGUACCGUUUCGCCUCUCUCAACCCGGAAUCACGGCUCGAAAGGCGAAUCCAUUUCGCAGGUGGUAAAGCCAUACAAGCUCCAUUCCAGCUCUAAAAUCCAGAUUCCCGAGCGCCGAACUGUUUCCGAGCCACUGUACGAGCGGACGAUGAAAGAUCCGAAGCCACUGCCCUCCAUCUUUGAGAACACGUCAGAUGAUCGUGUGAGCCGCAAUGUGGGCAGCCAUGACUUGCGCACUGCUUGCCUGGAGACGCCAACCCGUACUAAGAAUAAGGGGUUGGAUUAUCUAGCCAGAGCCGAAAAUACCAUCCGCGUGGUCAAUUCACCCACAGCAAUAGGCGCCCGAGAUCACGUGCAGGUUCCCGAGCCUCUCAACGUUCGCAAAGUGUCACAAGAUCCCCGCCCCGGCAAGGCAACAUCAGGGGCCUCAUUUCAAGACCAGCAGAGGCACACAUCCCACGGAUCACAACAGAAGGGGCUCUCAGCAGAUGGGCAGAGCACUGAAGCCGUGCCGGCGAAAAAGAGGGUAUCCUCUUGGUUCAAACGCAAUUCCAAAGAAGGCGCGAGCGGUUCGAGCUUUGUGACUGUGACGGACACGACUCUCCAAUCCGGGGAGAGUGCAGAUCUUGAAACCAGACGUUCCAGCGGACCAGUUUCGCAGUCGACCGAGGGUUCAUUGAUGCAGCGUGUGCAGAAGAAGAAGUCGUUCGGCUUUUCGUUCUGGAAGAAUGCUAAGGAUGAGCUGAAAAUGUCGCUUGCAGACUCAGAUCCCGAUGAUGCGCAGACUCGCAAUGGAAAGACGACGAAAAAGAGGUUUAGCAAGGAGUCCAAGACGCUCGGCCACGCAAGACACAGCGUUUGGUCGGAGAGCGAUGGCGGAAUCCGCAAGAUUGAGGUCCAACAGAACUGGCUGGCCCGUCUCUUCCGCGUCAAGCCUGCCAUGCGCUAUAUCUGCUUCGCCAUCCUCAAGCGGCGUGCUCGUCAGGAAGUGGCAAUCCUGCUCCGGGAGUGGCGCAAGUAUGGCAUGAAGGAUAUUGAGGUGGACAAAGCACGCAACGUGAUAUUCGCCCGGGUCGGCGCGAGAAACUACCUCAACUUGAAGGAGGUGUCGUUUGCUGUCGAGCUGAUGACUGUCAUUGAACAUGGCAAGCGCAACCAGCUCAGCAUUGCCCGCUUCACGCAGGAGAAGGGUGCCGCCAGCAGCUUCCACAAGGUCGUGGACGCGAUCUACGCUGCAUUCAGCACCCGUGCUCUGUUGGUUACUGAUAAGCGGAAGGUCAAUAUGAUGAUCAAGACGCUUAAUUCUUGAACUGCGGUAAUGUUUCACAGCAGUUUCGCCUCGUCCGGGUGCACUAACCCUCUACCCCGGGACCUAAACGGCUUCGAAGAUUGCGAGGGAGCAGACCUACCGAUAUUUUCUUUGCUUAUUGUUUCGAGUCACUCAUGAGAUACAGAAAGGUCUUGGCCGGGGCUUUCUUUCCCUGUGGUGAACUCGGCUGCCCACUCCCGACCUCUGGC